GGGACAUCCAUAGCCUUGAGUGUGGGUGAGACAUACACAGCAUUGUUGGACCUGCAGGCAGAUGGCCUUACUUCAGACCAAUAAGGAUCUCAUUUCCACAGGAAUGAAGGAAUUUAAUGUUUUGCUGAAACAACAGGUCUUUAAUGAUCCUCUUGUCUCUGAAGAAGCCAUGGUGACUGUGGUGAAUGACUGGAUGAACUUAUACAUCAACUAUUACAAGCGGCAGGUGACAGGGGAGCAGGAAGAGCAAGACAGGGCUCUGCAGCAACUUCAGCAAGAGCUGAACACUCUUGCCAACAAUUUCCUGGACAAAUAUAGGACCUUCCUGAAGUCCCAUUAGCACCUAAAUAACCCACUACCUUCAUUAUAGCCCAAAGACCCAGGCCUUCAUCUCUAAAAGACUCUUAAAUUCUGGCUCUGUGUUCUUCAUGUCCCCAGGCUGUGCUCCUUCAGUGUUACUCUACCUUGACAUCUCAAUAAAGACCAAUACCGGUUUUGCUGGA